UGACUGACAGCUCCAGGAAGGUUACCAGGCAACGUCUAAAUGAGGCUUUUAAUAUACAUGAGCUAAGCCUUCAUUGUAGUAGGAUUCGUAAUUUCACCGGAGGAUAGAGGAGCUUCGCGUGCGCGGAGUGGCACAAACAUGGCCACCUAGUGAAACCAAAACACUAGCGAAACGGCGUUGCCCUGCGCGUAAAAUCUCGCCCGUAGAUCGUGCAAAUCAGCGUGACAGCGUCGUAUCAGUCCUGGAUUCGGAUGCAGACCAUGAGAUGAAGGGGUUUACAAACCGGAUUUACCGGAAUGCUUUUGUUUGAUAACGUUUGAUCUGAUUACAUCACUUGGAUUAUUCCACUAUCCAGAAGAGGCUUUAGUGUUGAACCCCUUCUUCCUGAGUCUGGGAUCGUGGCAGAUAUUGAGGUAGAAGGUGUUUUCUCCACCGAUUCGGACACUUUCUAUGAGCUGAAGAGUCAACCCAUCACCCUGAGUGGCUCUGUGACCCCUGCUGACCCCGUGACCCCAGCCGGCUCCGUGAUGACGUCACGCGUGUUGAUGAGGCAGGAGCUGAUGCGACAGCAGGCUCAGGAUCAGGAGAGACGAGAGGCCCAGAAACAGGCCUCCAGCGCUCAGCAGCGGCCCACUGACGCCACCCCUGCCAUCUCUGUCGCAUCCGCCCUGCCGGCCACACCGACCCAGGUGCCUGUGGAAGUGCUGAAGGUUCAAACUCACUUGGAAAACCCAACAAAGUACCACAUCCAACAAGCUCAGAGGCAGCAAGUGAAGCAAUACCUCUCUCACACCCUUGGCAAUAAAAUAGCCAAUCAGACGCUGGCGAUAUCGCCCUUGCCCCAGCCCACCUCCGCCCCUGAGUUGGCCCCUGCCGCCAGUAGCACUCCCAGCAGCCCGCUGGCUGUGCUCAGCCUGGGAUCAAACAAAGAAGAGAUCGAAGACGUCAUCGAUGACAUCAUCAGCCUGGAAUCGAGUUUAAACGAUGAAUUUAUGACAUUGAUCGACUCGGGUUUGCAGCUUCCCAACACGCUGCCGGUCUCAGGAAACCUCCUGGAUGUGUACAGCAGUCAGGGCAUGGCGGUACCCACCAUCACCGUCAGCAACUCCUGCCCUGCAGACCUGCAAAACGUCAAGAGAGAGUUGAACGAUGCAGAGGCGAAAGCUAUUAUGAAGGAGAGACAGAAAAAAAACAACCAUAACUUGAUUGAGAGAAGAAGAAGGUUCAACAUUAACGACCGCAUUAAGGAACUUGGAGCUCUCAUUCCAAAGUCCUCUGACCCCGAGAUGCGCUGGAACAAGGGCACCAUCCUGAAGGCGUCAGUUGACUACAUCCGUAAGCUACAGAAGGAGCAGCAGAGAGCCAAAGAGAUGGAGAUGAGACAGAAGAAACUUGAACACUCCAACCGCAGCCUACUGCUGCGCAUUCAGGAGCUGGAAAUGCAAGCACGUCUCCACGGCAUCUCAUCAUCUCAGAUAUCUGACUCCAUGCUGACCCAGACGCAGACUUCAACUCUGGAUCACAACCCCAGCAACGAUCUCUCCAAGACCCUUCUGUCCCUCAACCAGACCACGCCCUCUUCUUUCUUAUCUCCACCUUCUUCCACUUCCUCAGUGGGCGGGACGGUCACCAGCCCUCUGGACUUCGGGACACUCAGUUUCAGCGAGCUGGACGACCCAGCAGCCUCUGUGUUUAAUCCAGCCCUGAUGGCGGAUAUGGGAUUAGGAGAUAUUUUGAUGGAUGACAGUGGUGCUCUGUCGCCCGUAGGGGAUGCCGAUCCCCUGCUUUCCUCUGUUUCCCCGGGAGCAUCCAAAACGAGUAGUCGUAGAAGUAGCUUCAGCAUGGAAGAAGACUUGUGACGUCUUCAAUUCGGACGAUAGUAUUGCUUUACGGUGCAAAUCCUGCUUGCGCACUCCAUUGUCGGCCAGUAGAGGGCAGUGUAAUCAUAAAGUCUAUAGUAAUCGCCGUACUGUAGAAGUCCGAGAUCCUCAAGACUUUUUUCUAGAGGUGACACAAGUAGCAGACGCUGACAUUUAGAGCCUCGUUUAUUAUCUGGACCUCUGAUAAAUAUAUAGAAGAAUAUAUGUACAUAGAGUAGAUUUAGUGCUAAACAUCUAUUUUGUGUUUUUUUAUGCAGUUGUAUGAAAAGUAGCACUGUAUUAUUAACUCGUAGACACUCACCACAUGAAUUUAUUAAAAACGUUGGGGGGAAAAAAUGCCAGAAUAGCAAAAUAUAUGAUUUUUAUUUUUAUUUUUUCGUUUCAGAUCCCACUCAUAUAGUGGGCUCCAAAAGUAUGAGACUUCAAACCUGGCAAUAUGCAAGACGCAGGAAUUUGAAUCAUAAAUAAAGUAAAAAAAUAUUUUAGAUUCUGCACUUAAAAAGAGAUAAACCAAAUACUAAGAUAUUUUCAGAUUCUCUUGUUUUUCAGUUUAACAUUGAAAUUAAAUUAUGAUGCUAAUAAUAUACACUAUUGUUUAAAAGUUUG